GGACAUCUGUCGCUUGUGAGUAUUUUUCUUUUUCUAGGCCGGGUCUCUCUGUUAUUGAAUGGAGCCAGUGACCUGUCAGUCUUGACUGAUGGGACCCCGUGUGUGGGAAAAUCCCGCAGCCAAAGAGUUGGAGCAUUCACAUGCUAAUUGCGCCCGAUAAAAAGAGGGCCGUGCCGCGCCGAGGGCCCUAGAGACGCGCUGAGAUUCAGUAGAGGAGGCACAACCGCACAGACACCCGAGAAAAAAACAUGACUGCUUCAUCCAUGGCGCACAACGCGGGGAAACAUCCCAGUGCCAAGGAGGAGAGAAAGCUGAGGAAGCCGCUCAUUGAGAGGAAGCGACGAGAGAGGAUCAACAAUUGUUUGGAUCAGCUGAAAGAAACUGUGAUCGGGGCGUUCAGAAUUGAUCAAUCCAAACUGGAAAAAGCCGAUAUUCUUGAGAUGACAGUAAAGCAUCUGGAAAACAUCCAGAGCAGUAAACUCAACGGCCUGGAGGCCCAGCAGAAAUACAGCACAGGGUACAUCCAGUGCAUGCACGAAGUCCACAACAUGCUCCUCACCUGCGACUGGAUGGACAAAACUCUGGGCUCUCGCCUGCUCAACCACCUCCUCAAGUCCCUGCCCAGGUCCACCGAUGAGAGCCCCCUCCAGCCCUCACCCAGACAUGAUGUCCCUCUUCCGGCCGGCCAAGGCACGGUGCUCCCCAACACACCCCUCAGAGGAGAACCCCUUGCUGUGAGGCGGCUCCAGAGAGAGUGGUCCACCUGCUAUGAGGCAGGCUGCCAAGAGAGGCCUGCACUCCACAACUCCCACCUGGGGAUGCUGGAGAUGUGGAGGCCCUGGUGAACUGGUGGAUUACUGAUCUUGGAUUUUUCCAUUUUGUUAGGCCAUCCUCUGUUAUGUAUCUUAUAGAUAUGCUGCUCAGAAGACAAACGUGGGGCAGUUUUGUUCCAGUGAUUAUAAUUGUAGGUGUGCUGUAAUGAUUCUAUACAGAUCUUUUCAAAGUACUUCCCUUCAGAAGUUGAUUUCUUGUAGCCUGCAUUAUAGAAGGCUCUUAUUAAUCUUUCAUGUAUUUAUUGUAUUAACAUCUUUAUUUAUUUGAUAUCAUAAGGUAUGCUUCUUAGACCAGUUGCUUGGCAUUGCAUAGAUUUCUAUGUAUUCCUCCUUUGCUGUAUUAUUAACCCAAACAUUAAUAAUAAUAAUAA